CUAUUAAUUGGAUUCGGUGUGGAUAUGAAUAUUCAAGACGACUGGGAUGGAUGGACCCCUCUUCACCAUGCAUGUAAAGAAGGGAAUCUGGAGGUAGCAAAAUACUUUAUAGGUGAGUGUCGUGUGAAUAUAAGUAUCAGGGAUAAGCAUGAAAGGGAUCCAAAAGAUAUCGCGGUAUUAUGGAAUAGACACAAAAUCAUCAACCUUUUUACAUGA